ACCAUGGCUCAAGAACAAGGGAAGAAGCCAUCUCUUCAUCAAGAGGGCAUCAGAUUGAGCUUCCUUACUCGAGGCAAUUCUUAGCAAGGACUUGCUCUGAAUUGACCCAUGGCGGCGACAAUGGCAGUGACGACGAUGGUGACCAGGAGCAAGGAGAGCUGGUCCUUGCAGGUCCCGACGGUUUCUCUCCCUUGGAAGCCACGAUGCGGCAAGAACGCGCUGGAGUUCCCCCGCCGGGCGAUGUUCGCCAGCGUCGGGCUCAACGUGUGCCCGGGCGUCCCGUCGGGGCGCGACCCGCGGGAGCCCGAUCCCAAGGCUCCUCGCCCCGCCGACAACUGCGACAUCGCGCGCCAGCUUGGCGCCGCUGUGCCCGGGCAGCAGCAGCAGGCCGCCGGGGAGGUGGCGGAGGAGGAGGCCGCGAAGAAGAAGAAGAAGGGCGGCGGCAAGAAGCGGCAGCUGGGCGAUCUGAGGAAGGUGAGGGUCAAGAUCGCCAACCCGCACCUGCGGCGCCUGGUUAGCGGCGCCAUCGCCGGCGCCGUGUCGAGGACGUUCGUGGCGCCGCUGGAGACGAUCCGGACGCACCUGAUGGUCGGCAGCAUCGGCGUGGACUCCAUGGUCGGGGUGUUCCAGUGGAUCAUGCAGAACGAGGGGUGGACCGGCCUGUUCCGUGGCAACGCCGUCAACGUCCUCCGCGUCGCUCCAAGCAAGGCCAUCGAGCAUUUCACCUACGACACGGCCAAGAAGUUCCUAACCCCCAAGGGCGACGAGCCGCCCAAGAUCCCGAUCCCAACGCCGCUGGUUGCCGGAGCUCUGGCCGGAUUCGCCUCGACCUUGUGCACCUAUCCCAUGGAGCUGAUCAAGACCAGGAUCACCAUCGAGAAGGACGCAUACGAGAACGUGGCACACGCGUUCGUGAAGAUCGUGCGCGACGAGGGCGCGUCGGAGCUGUACCGUGGGCUGGCACCCAGCCUGAUCGGCGUGGUGCCGUACGCCGCCUGCAACUUCUACGCCUACGAGACGCUGAAGCGGCUGUACCGCCGCGCCACCGGGCGGCGCCCCGGCGCGGACGUGGGCGCCGUGGCGACGCUGCUCAUCGGGUCGGCGGCGGGCGCCAUUGCCAGCACGGCCACGUUCCCGCUGGAGGUGGCCCGAAAGCAGAUGCAGGUGGGCGCCGUGGGCGGGAGGCAGGUGUACCAGAACGUCCUCCACGCGAUCUACUGCAUCCUCAAGAAGGAGGGCGCCGCCGGCCUGUACCGAGGCCUCGGCCCUAGCUGCAUCAAGCUCAUGCCCGCCGCCGGCAUCGCCUUCAUGUGCUACGAGGCGUGCAAGAAGAUCCUCGUCGACAAGGAGGAGGACGAGGAGGAGGAGGAGGAGGAAGCCGGCGCCGGAGACGAGGGCAAGAAGAAGCUUGAAUGAUAAAAGUUUCCGACCAAAGAAGAUGGCACUGUCGUGAAGCAUGGAACUAGCUAGAAACGAAUGGACAAGUAUAAUUGGAGAUUGAUGUGGCGUUUUUCGGUCGUAUGUGUUUCUUUUUUCCAUUUUCUUUUUUUUUUUUAAAAAAAUGUACUAUGUUUGGAGUCAAGUUCUUGUUUUUCAUGUUGCGUGUUUUCGUCUUAAUACCAUUUGCCUAUCUGGAGCUCAAAAUGUUGUCCUGUUGCAUGUUUCGUGUAAUAAUAAUUACUGUAUUUGUCUAUUUCAA